AUGAAAAAAUUUCUAAUUCUAUUAAGAUCUCUGAUAGAAAAUUAAAUUAGAAUUACUGCAAAUUAUAUUCAGAUUUUAUCAUUUAUAGUAAUUAAUUCAGUUAAUGGAAGUAUUGAGAUAACUUUAUUGUACUCAAUAAUCACAGAUUAUGCUUAAGAUUUUUAACUAGAUAAAAUAAAUUUCAAUUAUAAAAAUAUUCAACAGUCCUACAAUGAUCUAAAUGAUUCUUAAAUUAUUUAGAACAAAGGUUACUUUGGAGAAUUGAAAAAUAUUGAAAGAGAAAUUUAAAAUGAAUUAAAGAAAGAAGUAGAUUUAAGAGAAUUUUUAAAAUAAUCAGAAAAAGGGAAUCUGAUUGUUAUUAAAUUCUAAAAUACAAUUUUAUAUUGUUUGAUUCUCCCAACUAAAUUCUUCACCAAAAGACCUAUAUAUGAAAAAUCAAUAGAAAUUGUGCUAUUCAGAAUCCUGCAUGAUUUUACUGAUAAUAUAAAAUUAUGUUUAGAUGAAGAAGUAUUCACUGAUUGGUAUACUGGAGAUAUAGUACCUUUUAGUGCUUAAUUACUAGAACGAGAUGAUUAUGAUUUUGCUGAAGCUAAUAAUAAAGAUAGAGAGAAUUAUAAAUGUUAAUAUUAACCUUUUGAAGAUGAUAUUUCAAAAUGUUAGAUAAUUAAAUCUCAAUCUUAAUUACCAUAAGUUUAUAUAAUAGAAAAAUUAGAAAUAAAUAAAAUAGAAUAGUUAUUGAGCACUUAUAAUACAUUCACUGAGUCUUUAAUGAUUUAAAUUAUCACCACACAGAAUAAUAACGUUAUUCCUUUAAUUAAUACUUUUGAAAAGUAACAUUAAGUUGAUAAAUUAAAAUAUGUACUUAAUGAAUUGUCAUAAAAAUUAUAAAAGGAAAUUACCCAUUUUAGGGAAAACUUAAUUCAAGAUAUCUCUAAAGAGCUUAAAUCUUGGUAUCAUUUUUUCAAUCCUAAAGAGCAAUAAGCAAAAUAGAUUGUGACUUAAACUUUUUAAACAGUUAAAUUACCUAAAGAUAAAAAUCAACCUUUAUAUUUUUAAUUAAAUUAAGAGAAGCAAAAAUUGAACAAACUUUUUCAAAUUCAUUUAUAAAAUAUUUAUAAUAAAACUAAGGAAAUUUAGUCUAUGUUUGAAAAUUAAAUCAAAUAAUUAUUUUAAGAAUUAUGUUAGUAAACAAGAUAUUUAGUGAAGAAAAUUGAUUUUAAAGUCUUUCGGAUAAAUGAAAAUAUAGAUGAAAGAAUAUUAAAUAUCUGGCCUUUUUUUGAUAAUUAAUAUGUUAAUUUAGAUAGUAGUUUUAUAAAAAAUCAAUCCUUAGAGUUUUAAAUUAAAGAAAUAUUUUCAACAAAUAAAAAAGCUACUAUUUUUAUUGUUUACACUUAAACGAUGGCAUAUAUCUUGUAUUGGUAAUUUUAAGCACCUUAAGUAAAAAUGAUAAGAUAAUAAGAUAUUAAAGAAAUGAAACAAUCUGUUUACUAUUAUGAUUAUAAUCUUGGUUACUUGUAUGUUUUUAAUCAUAGAAAUAAAUUUGUAUAAUUAAUUAUGAUUUCAUCAUCACUAAAAUGAUUAACUUUUUUGUUAUUAAUUAGAUAAUUAGGGUAAUCAAUUUUCGAUAGAUUAAGUAGCAUACAUUAAUGUUUGUAAAAAGUUUAUUGUAUUGGCCAAAAACAAUUAAAUUUAUAUACAAGCUGAAAAAGAGUAAAAAUUUAAUGUUCUCAAAUGCUUAUAAGAAACUGAAAAUAAAAUAAGAGAAACUGAAUUUACUCCAAGCAUGAAUACAAAUUAAAACUACAGAUAAUUAUUAACAUGCGCAAGUGGAAAAUACUUUUACCUUGCUAAUUAUUCAUGUUGCGAUAGAUAUGAUAUUACAGGAAAAAAAUUAUAGACUAUCCCUAUUGUUGGUGUAAUAUAGAUUUUUUCAGAUUCUUCUGAUGUAAUCAUUUUUGAUUCAUUUAAUUAAUAAUCAUUAUAGAAAUAGAAAAAUAUUUAAGUCAUAAGUAAUUUAAUUUAAUAAAAAACAUUCCAUAAAUAACAAAAUGAUAAAAAAUAAAUUGUUGGUAAUCCUGCAUUAGAUAUUGUAAAAGGUUCAUUUAUUAAAUUUGGACCAAAUGCUUAGUUUUUAUAUAAACAAAAAUAAAGAAAUAUUAAUUUAUAUGUUGAACCUCAUAGAUAUAAUUAAAUGGAAUAAUAUAUAAAUAAUUUGAAUUUGAAUAUUGUUAAUUUGAGUAAUAAAGAGAUUAAUUCUUCUGAAUGUGAUUGCAAUCAAAUAAUGAAUAUAAUUUUUUCAAGAGUUCCUUUAUAAUUAUGUACAAUUGAAAAUGGGAUUUUGAUUGCUUUAAAUGAUCAUUUUGAAUGA